AUGAAUAUCAGAAUUUGUACCAUUGGAGCUUUAGCUAUUGGUGCCAUAUUCAUCAUUAUUGGCAUUCUUUCCCUAACUAUCGUACCGUUAACGGUAAGCAAAGAAGUCAUCAAGAAUGAACAUUUGGGUUUCGAUGAGAAUAACACAUAUAACGUGAUGACUCGACGUUGGAUUAAGCAGAAAUAUUCGAUGAAACUCAAAAUUUGGACCGUUUCUGUAGCAAAUCCAUAUGAUGUCGUUCGACACGGAAGCUACCCUACGCUUGUUGAAAAAGGACCAUAUGUUUAUACCGAAUAUCGGAAGAGAGUGAAAGUGAAUUUCAUGCAAAAUAAUACUCGUGUAUUGUUUCGUAAUAAGCGUUAUUACAUCUAUAAUGAAAAUGAAUCAUGUGCGAAUUGUAGUCUGAAUGAUUUGGUUACGGUACCAAAUGUUAUGUUCCAGUAUGUAAUUAAUAUUGCUGCUAAAAGUUCUCCAGUGGUGAAGGAAUUAAUCAAAUUUGCUCUUAAGCUUUUCAAACGUGAAACACCAUUCAUUCGUGUUACCGUGAAGCAGAUGCUUUUUGAAGGAUAUGAAGAUCCGAUGAUCGAAUGGAUUUGUAAUAAAAAUUUGACUCGUCCCCUAUGUAUCCUUGCAGGAAUUCCAACGCGCAUAAAAUUCAUGGAAAACGGCACAGAUAGUGGCGAAUAUUUGAUUGAUACUGGAUUGGAAGAUAAUAGGAAAAUUGGUCAGGUGUAUGCAUGGAAUGGACGAAAUGAAACACCAUGGUGGAGCACUGCACAAGCACGGAAACUGAAUGGAACAAAUGGAGAGUUGUUCUCACCAUUCUUAUCAUCAUCGAAUGAUUUGUCUAUUUUUCUUGGAGAAUUGGGCAGAUCACUUUACUUGCAUUAUGACAAAUCAGUAACGCAUGAACGAAUACCAUCAUAUCGCUACAUCAUUCCAUCAGCAGUUUAUGAUCCUUUUUUACCAGAAAAUAAAGGAUUCUGUAACCAAGAAACGCCACGCUAUUUCGAUAGUGAUAUACAACCGGAAGGAUGCCUACCUGCUGGUAUGUUUGAUAUUGGUCGUACAAAAGUAGGAUCUCCUCCCAUUUAUCUCUCUGGUGUUCAUUUUUACCAGUCACCUGCACAAGUUUACCAAAAUUUCACCGGUUUUCAACAUCCAGAUAGCAGCGAUGCAUCAUAUAUUGACAUUGAACCAUACACGGGCGUUAUUGUGAGUGCUUUUGCAGCUUCUCAAAUUAAUAUUGGAAUGAUCAGUAGCAAUUUAUACAUGCCUGAUAAAAUGCCGAGCAUGAUUGUACCAGUAAUGUGGAUGAAGGAAUUAAUAAAUAUGGAUGAAGACACAAAAAAUGAUCUGCAAAAAAUUGUGUUUAUGCCACGAGGAGCACAGAUACUCGGUAUUGUGCUGGUUGGUGCAGGCCUAUUUCUCUGGUCAAUUUUCUUGAUAAUCUCGUUGGCGAACAUGUACUUAAAGAGGGACGCUGACGAUGAAACACAUCUGAUUGAAGGUGACGUGGAAAACUGA